AUGGCAAACUCAAACAAAAAUAGUUCAUCUAAAAAACUUAAUUCAGAAUAUAAUAAAAAUUCGGACUCUAAUUCUACCGUAAAAGAAUGUUUGCAAUAUCAAUUAUUAACACCAUUCCAAACACUCGUUUGGGAAUUGAGGAAUACUGUAAUGAAAAGUUAUUGGAACAAAGAAGUUGGAAAAACUCAUUAUUUAGUACCUUAUUUACCAAUCGGUAUGGAUCCCUUAAAAACAACUUUCGGAAAAAAAUUUAAAUCUGAGGCAACAAUGGCGGAUUUAAUUAAUCCUCCCGAAAUUGAUAGAAAACCGAUAAUGCGCACAGAUGUUGAUUUUUGUAGAUUUGAAGAAAUAAGUCAAGAAGAUGGAACACAAAUAACUAGAAAUUAUAAUUGUCACUUUAACAAACAUACAAAUUUCGGAAAAAAGAGUAAUGCCGAUGUAAGAGGAUCUAGAAUUAAAAAGAUUAUACGUGGCGGAGAUUAUAAUACUACUACAUUAGUCAAUUACAUUCAAGCUGAUUUCUUAAAAGAAACACAACUUCUUCUUGGACAAGUAAAAAAUCCAACAAAAAAAUGUUUCUCUCCAUCAACUAUAUAUGGUAAACCCUCGGCAAAAGAAAUAGAUUCAGUAGCUGAUGCAUUACAAGAGUCACCUAUAGACAAAACGCUGCUCUUCAAAUGGAAAUAUUUACAAUAUCUACGUAGCUUACGUAAUAAUCUUAAAAAACGUAAUCCGAGUAUUGAUUACUUUGAUAUUUAUGAAGAUUUAGCUUCUUUGGACAAGGAACAUACUGGUAUCUUAUCGGAAGAAGAUGUAUUUACAAUUUUGGGAAUCUAUAAUAUCCAUCCUGAAAGACAACUAUUUGACGCAUUGUUAGAUCUUUUAGGAUUACGACAAAAUGAUAAACUUUUUUAUAAUGAUGUAGUGAAUCUUCUAAACUGGAAAUGUCCAUUUCCCACAUUGCCAAUAGCAAAAAGUAAAAGUAAAGAAGAAGAUAUAAUGUCAUCUCUACAUGAAGAUGAUAGUAAAUCUUGCAUAACUCCAUCUAAAUAUUAUCCUUGUAAUGAAAAGUUGUAUCCAAAGAUCGACAAUGUUUAUGCUUUAAUUUUUCCCAAUACUUUUACAAAAUUUGGCCUGAAUCAUAUAGAUUUUUUUAAGCUUCGAAGUAAAAAAGAAAUACAAAGUAUAUUUGAAAAUAUUGGAAUUACAUUUCCUGAUAACACUUUUGAUACACUCUGGGAAAAAGCAAUUAAGAAAGAUGGUGCUGAGGGUGUAUGUGUUGAUACGUUUAAUGCUUUAUUAGAUGAAUCUAUAAAUUGUUUUCACAAAAAUAUAUAA